UUUGGGCCAAUCAGCGGCGGCCGUGGUGCUCCUCAUCUGCUCGGUGUGUGUACAAUGGGGAAGGUGAGCAGCACCACAGGUCUCUGUCAUCGCUGGACUUUACUCGGCUGAGUUCGGGCUCUGUUCGGUCAGCUGGAGGAGACGGCACCUGAAGUCAAGAUGGAGAGUGGCAAUGAUGGCGUCCUCCGGUCCCGCCUGCGAUCCUUCCCCUUGACACCCCCCUUCUCUGACCUGGACAGCUCUUUGGAUGGGGAAUGUAGUCCAGAAGGACACCGGCGAGGGAACGGAGAGACCCACAUAACAAGCAAUGGAAAAAUUGAAGUGGAACAGGUGAUCAGCAAAAAGCUGCAACUGAAAAGAAAAGCAGAGUUCCUCAAGAGUGACCUGAUGCGUCAGUUUGACAGUCAGGUCAAUGACUUCAUGGACAGUCUUAUCGAAGAGUCAGCCAGUCUGGAGCCUGCACCUCUGCCUGCUGUCUUCUCACCACCAAUGUUGGACAAGGAGCGGAACAAACUUGGGCAUUUCCGGCCUCCUCACGGCCAGGGGAAACAGUUUGUCAAUCGCAGGUCGCUCCUAGAUGAGCUGUUUGAGGUGAACCACAUCCGGACCAUCUACCACAUGUUUAUUGCCCUGCUCAUUCUCUUUAUCCUCAGUACACUUGUGGUUGAUUUCAUUGAUGAAGGAAGACUUGUGUUGGACUUUGACCUGCUGGUCUAUGCGUUUGGACAGUUCCCUCUGGUGGUGUGCACGUGGAUCUGCAUGUUCCUGUCUGUGUUGGUGGUUCCCUUCACCCUGUUCCACCUGUGGUCACAGAGCCAGUCCGGGUCUUACCCCAGAUUGAACACUUUGCUCUUUGGCUCUGUAUACCUGCUCUACCAAGCUCUGGGUCUGGGAUUCCUCCCCACAUAUGUGGUGGUGAUCAACAGUAUGCCGCCGGCAUCCUGCUUCAUCAUCAUCCUGGAGCAGGUGCGGCUGAUGAUGAAAGUACACUCCUUUAUCAGGGAGAAUGUUCCUAGAGUUCUGGCCUGGACUAGAGACAAAACCACUCCCAGCCCUGUGGUCCCUCAGGUUUUUCAGUAUAUCUACUUCCUGUUUGCACCCACACUCAUCUACAGAGACAAGUACCCCAGGAACCCAGUGAUCAGAUGGGGCUACGUGGCCACAAAGUUUCUUCAGGUACUCGGCAGCCUGUUCUACGCCUAUUACGUGUUUGUGCGGCUGUGCAUCCCUCAGUUUCGCAGCAUCAGUCUACAGCUGUUUGACCUGAAGGCCAUGGUCCUCUGUGUCUUUAACUCCAUCCUCCCAGGAGUGUUGGUUCUCUUCCUGGGAUUCUUUGCAUUCCUCCACUGUUGGCUCAACGCAUUUGCUGAGAUGCUUUGUUUCGCUGAUAGGAUGUUUUACAAGGAUUGGUGGAAUUCAACCUCUUUUGCCAACUACUAUCGCACUUGGAACGUUGUGGUCCAUGACUGGCUGUACUACUAUGUGUACCGGGACUUCCUGUGGAUUUCACAGAAGCGUUUCAGAGCAGCAGCCAUGCUGUUUGUGUUUACAGUGUCUGCGGUGGUCCACGAGUACAUUCUUGCAAUCUGCUUUGGCUUUUUCUAUCCCGUGCUCUUCUGCCUUUUUAUGUGCUUUGGAAUGAUGUUCAACUUCAUUCUGCACGACCAAAGGAAAGGUCCCAUCUGGAACAUAAUCAUGUGGACAUCCCUCUUCUUGGGUCAUGGUGUCAUUAUCUGUCUGUAUUCCCAUGAGUGGUAUGCCCAGCUCUACUGCCCCUUGAAAGAGCCUUCGUUCCUUGAGUUACUGAAGCCUCGCUCCUGGAGCUGUCAGAGAGGCUCGAUGGUGGAAUCUGACAGGCUGUGACCUGUUUUUGGACAACUGCCGGGGACUAUUGCUGAUUAGUAUAAAUUUGACCAGCCUUCCUGUUUCUGUCAUGAAAUAUAUUUUUUAUUUUAUUGCACUAAGGUCUGAGGUCAACUGAGUCUUUGAAUGAUUGCAGGUGGGAGGACCUAUAAGUAUCUGCCAAAAUGUUCUUUACUUCAACAGCUAAGUUACAAUGAUGCCUUACUCAGUUUUAUGUUUUCAAAGGCAACCCCACAAAGCAAUUACAAGUUCACAUAGAACCCUGUGUGAACUCUUAUUUUAAUGUACUAUUUAUUUUUCUCACGUUUUCCUUUCUUUUUUCCUUGAUCAACUGUGAAACCCUGUGCCAAUAGAAACAGAGGCAAUGAUGAAAUCGCAGCUGAAAACAAACAUUACACAGUGUAAACACUGAAAGUGAAGUGCAUUCAGUAUGCUUCUUGGAAAAAUAUUUAUUAUUAUUUAUAUUCACUGCCCAUAAGAUUUUUUGUUCUUUAACACUGGACUUCAUAAGAGAAAUUUUUUCAAGAAGAUGACAGUUAAUAUACUCUGUGACUGUUGAAUGUAUUCCCUAUUACUGAAUAGACCUGGUUUGAAUAUGCUCCUAGUGUCAACAUCCUUCUGGAGCUAAAUUAAGUUGUAAUUUGUUAACGCCCAAUAUUAUGUGAAUUAUGUACAGUGAUUCCAAUUGCAAGUAGAAAUUGCCACAGGAUGCCUCCCAUUGUAAAACUUGUGCAGCUGGCUGCUCGAAUAUUAUAACACUGAGAUACUGAUGAUAUAAAGGGCUAGAGUUUGCUUUGUCAAAUACUUAGUACAUUAAAUACAUAUGUUUUUUUCACGACAGUAAUUUUCAUGUCAAACUAAUGGAAUAAGGAUUUUUCCUGCUCAGUCUGCUUUUUGUUCUUGUCUUAAAAUAGUUUUUGUAUAUGUGUAUUAUUUGAAGGAAACCAACCAUUGCACAGUUGAUGUUGCCAAUUCUGACAUAUGUCAAUUCAGAGACACUGUAUUUAUUCUUGUGAAUAAUGAGAUGCACCAUGCAAAGUAAAAUCAGCUAGGAAACUAAGCACUUCUAAAAACUCUAUGGCCACAAGGUGGCACUGUAUUAAAAGAUUGUAUUUGUGAUGUCUUCUCGGCUCAUUCUGCAAGAGAAACUUCCAUUUAGUCCUUUAUAAAGUUAAUAUUAAUACACAACACGAAUACCAGCAGCUUGUUUUUUAUUAUCUAUUGAUAAUAAUUGAGAUAUUAGAAUGUCCUGUGGUACUCAGUGCUGAGUUUGAGCUCUCAGUUUUAAUCUUUCUUUAUGCCUUGGAGAUUUUGUUCAUAAGGAUAUUAUUGGUAGUAAUGUAAGAAGACAAAAUGCAGAAAUGCUGUUUAUUGAUUUUGUGAGCUUACAGUCAUAUUUGUGUUGAUUGUGAUAAUUCUAUUGGGGGGGGGGGCUUGACUAUCUAAUUGUGUCAGGUGACAAUUUUAUGAAUCAGUAUGUUCUAUUUUUGGAUGUCAGUCAUAUGUCCUAAGACACAUCAAAGUAUGAGAACCAUGAAUAAAAAA